AUGACUAAAAAGAAACCGUCACCACAAAAUCGAAUUUGGGAAAAGGAGCGUCGUGAACGAUUGAACAAAACAUUCGAGGACUUACAGCAGCUACUGCCCGACAAUGAACCGGCGUCAACGCUUAGCAAAAUCGAAAUCCUCCAGCGGGCGAUCGAGCUCAUUGGUAAACUUCAAAAAAAGAUUAAGGACCUCACCGAGGAGUGUAAUGAUCCACUGAAGGAGCACGUGCGCGAACAGGAAGAUCGUUUGAAAAAGCUGCUGACAAGAAACGUGGAACUAAUAGGGUUGCUAAAGAAGGCAAAGGUAACCAUUCCGCCUUGCAAGUAUACGGUAGAGCACCACACGGCGGAACACAUAGAGGAGAAAGAAAAUGGAACGCCAGAGAAGAAACGAGCUGCAUCGAAGCCACAGCAACGUCGCAGCGGAAGUGGUAGUCCUAGGAAACAGUCUGUGAUAAAAAAACCGGUGGCAGUUGUUCCGCCAACCAGUGGUGUCGUUUCGCCGAGUUUAGCUUUAAGCAACAUUCAAAGUGCCACGGUUCCUUCCAGUGGCGGUACUAGUGUGACAAGCACUUCCUCUUCGAUGCAGAGCACCAGCCCUACAGGGAUGAAUUCUUCUGCGCUCCGCCACCUAAAUGGGGUGGCUCUAAGCACUGGAAAUAGAGGUAAUAUAUCGGUACCGCCAGCGCUUCUGCCCACACCGAUAAUGACGACCAGUGUGCUGAUAUCGAACAACGGCAACCUGGUGCAGAUGCCGAUCGUUGCGCCUCCCUCUUCGCUGCUCAUCGUCGGUAAUGAGGAUGUGCGGGCGAAGCUUAACUUAAAGAAACGUUGCCACGGGGGAGGUGGUGGCAAGGGAAGGGCAAAGAUCGGCAAGUUCACCAUCAAAUCGAUCGACCUGAUCCCGGGGCGGAUUGUGAAUGGGAAGGUUCCGAUUCCACCACUCAGAAGAGCACCCCACGAGACGAUGCGCACUGCUUGCAAGGUUCUCAAAAGAAAGCGCAAAAAGUCCACGGAAAAGUGCAAAAAACUGAGAAAAACGGUAACCGAGGAACCGGUUUCGAAGGGCAAUAUGCCCGACCAAUCAUUCGAAGAAGCGGAGAAAAGUUACUCCAAUAGUGGUUCGGCGGAUGUGCAACCGUGUAGCAACCCUGUCGUGGCAGAGCAAUCUCAAGCAUCGAGCGCUCCGGAACAGCCUGCAUUAUCGGUGGCCAAAGCUGCCACGGAAGAAGCAUCGGGAGUUCCGGCGAAAGAUUCGAACCAUUCGAAUGUGAAUCCACAAGAAGCUGAGCUGGAUCUCACUACCCUUAACCAUGCGGAUCUGUCGGAAGAUAUUUUCGCAACUCUACAAGUGCCGAGUAAUCCGGACGCUCAUGGUUCGCAUGAUGCUGGGUCUCUGUCUCCGACGGCUGCCUAUCUGAUGAACUUCCCGCUCGUAGCCGGUGGAGGCAAAGCGGCCGGGAAUCACACGGAACAAACCGACGAAGUGGACGAAGCAUGCAACGAAAGCUUGACCAAGGAGCAUGCACCAACACAUAAGGACACUGCAAGCGGGAUACCAGACACUGGUACCGGAACCUUGAUGUUGGACAAUUUUUCCUCCUUGUUCAACUAUACCCAAGUCGAUGCCGCUGCCACUGGAACAGUCGAACCGUUGCCUAGCACGACGGCUGCCAUGACAACGACCAGCAUUUCGCAAACGACUAAAGAUCAGAGCAGUUUCACGACGAACUACGCGAACAUGUAUCAAUCCAUCGACACCAUGCUGGAGCACCGAACGGUGGACCCAAACCGGACUGUGGGUCUGAAAAUGGGACAAAAUGACGUGGAACAGGACAGUAACCUUACUGGGGCGUUCACUUUUACCCUUACCUCGAGCACUACAACAGCACCACUAACGACGCACCAACGUUGCUCGACCUCAAACCAGCACCAUUUCUACACACCAUCCGUUGGGACAACAUCCAGCACCUUGCCGGCCGACAAAAAGGGCGCCGUAAGCGGAGACACCGCUCGAAAAUCACCUUCUCCGCUGGCCAUCGAAUUUACCUUCUCGCUAACCACCACCACAGCCACCCAACCUCGCACGGUCCAAUCGCAGUACACGAACAGUGCCAUGCUGUCGUCGACAAUGACCACCCCGUCGUACGAUACGUACGGUUACUACCACACAACGGUGAACAACAAAUCGGGCAGUUACGGCGGUAACGGAAGCUUUAAAGUUCCGCUUGACCCACUGCCGGGCACCAUCUGCACCACGACCGAAAAACCGGCUACCAGUUUCACCUUCUGCUUAACGUCAUCGACCAAAACGCAACCUUCGUACGCGCAAUCGUUUACGGCUUCGGUGGCCAGUACGACAUCAAUGUUUGAAUCACCACCGAAGCUCUCCACGAAACAGCAGGCGGCUCAGGGCAAAGAUUGCGCCUCGGUGGGGCUCACAAAACAUCAGCCAUUUUCAGUCCCCAGCAGGCCUGGAAAAGAUGCCAGUGGCCAGUCAACAGAAGCGAUGGCAACGCACCAGCAGCAUGCCAUGCAAUCGCAGCAACAACAACCAACGCAAUCGAAGUACGACGUCUCCUGGAUGGCCGCUGGGGCGCAUGAUUGCAAAACCGGCGACCAACCGGUGGUCACUCAAAGCUUUCACCAUCAGCAGCAAACGGGGCUGCCGUAUCAGCAGCAGCAGCAUCAUCAACAGCAUCAGCAGCCAGAGCAGCAACAGCAUCACCAGCAACUUUCGUACGACUUUACGCCUCAGAUCUUCUCUUCGGCGAUGGAUUUCCCUACGGCAGCAGGAGGCUACACGGCAAACUUUGAGCCCCACCAUCAGCGCAAGUCGGACAUUUUCUUUGCCCAUCCACCGGGCGAAGAGAACGGUCUCGGUGUGACCGGUUCUUGGUCGUCAGCCAACAAGUUGACCGACAGCGUUUUAAACGAUUCUUCCACCCCUUACUUCCCGUCCGUUACGGUUCCCCCUUUGAGCGGAGAAUCGGAACCGAACGCUUCCGCUAGCGCCUCUUCAAGGGCGGUUCAAGGUGGUGGCAAAGCGACUUCCGGGAAGAAAAGACACACCACAACGCACCAGGAAACGACGGCCACCAGUGUCAGUGUCACCGGCAGUAGCUUCCUGUCGGUGAGUCAGCUUGUCGAUCAGCCGACCAAAACAACGUACCACCACCACCACCACACCCCGAGCAGCAGCGGUGGUGGCGUGCCGGCCGGGAUCCCAUCUUCAUCAGCCCCUUGCCAACAGAAGCCCAACAGCUACUCCGCCGAGGCUUUGAUUGGCAACACGACGUGUACCGUUCCCAGCACAUCGGGUCCGGCAGAAUCUAACGGACGCAAAGAGAAGCUGUUCGACUACGGUGCCGGUGGGGAAAUGGCCACCGGCGCGAACUCAAGUCUGACGUUCAAUUUCGACACGUACGGAGCUACGGGUCCUGACUAUGGUAAAAGUUAUAACUUUUCCAAUCAAUUUGUGGAAAGUAGCACCAACUAUGGUGGUUUACCGAGCACCGCCAGAAGGAGCGGUGGAACGUCCACUGGGUCCGGGUUGUACUACGGAAAGGCAGCUACUGGAACCACGCAAAGCUACUACCAUCACACGGGCCACAGUGACGGAUCCGGAGGGACGAGUACUUAUCAUCACCUGCCACCCAGCUCUACCGGAGCUGAAUUUACACCUUACUAUCUGCCAGCUUUUGCGGAAAAAACGAACCCCGCGAAUGGAGCCACGGCCGAGAAGCAGUACCCAGGGGCACAUGGUGAGCAGGCCAAUUGUCGAAAUUCGACGAAAAAAAGCCAGAAAACUGUCGGCAUUCUGCCGGUGGCUGACUACGCAUUCAGCACGGCCCCAAGCGACGCUGCAUCCAACGUGCAUCCCGGUGGUCCGCUGGUAAAUGGAUCACAAGGACAAUCGCUGCCUUACGCAAACUACCAUUACCAUCAGCAACAGCAGCCAGAACUGCAGCAGCAGCAACACCAUCACCACGACCCCCACCAGCAGCAUCAACGAUUGCAACAUCAGCACUACGGUACGAUCGAGGGCAGCAAUGUGCCUCACAAAUCGUCUCUUCAGAGUGGUACCUCGUACAACUAUGGCCAGUACCCGUCAACGCCAGCACCGAUCGGGUUCGACACUCCGAAACCUGCCAAACUGCCAAUGCAACUCUCGAGCAGCGCACUGCUUCUACCGGGUGACGACGGCACUGGCCUACACCCGCCGACAUCCUCUUAUGCCACGGUCAGCCACGCGCCCCAUUUAGAGAUCGCGCCGCCAUGCUUUAAUGCUCCACCGCCGCCAACCGUCGGGUACGGCGUUAAUCCUUCCUCGUCCCAGGUGUCACUGUACGGUGGCCAUGGGCAGCUUCAGGCCAGCGGAACGCAUUCGUCGGCGACGGGAGGAACGAUUACGGACUUUAAUCUGAGCACGAUCUGUCCGGAGAUUGACGAGAAAACGGGACGCACGGCGACCGUUGCUGGUCGCAAUGGGGCGCAAGUUGCCUCCAUCAUGAGCCUUUGGUGA